AUAUAAGAUGAAGUUAGUGUAAAAUGUAAAAUGGCAGCGAACAUUUGAACUUAUUUAGCUAAGAGUUUAUGACACUGUUUAUAACCUGUCUGCAUUGCAAGGUAUGGAAUGAUGUCUGGUCCUGUUACUGUAGCUAUAAAACAUUGUUCCUUUGUCAGCUUCUCUUGUUUUCUCUAAUGACAUUAAUAAUAGAAAAAAGCAGUCACUAAAUUAAGACACACUGGGGUUUUAGACCACACAGUACAGUUAGCAGGAAGAGGAACUGCUUGAGCUGCUACAGACACAGUGACAACUUCUCAGAGAAGCAGGACGCAAGAAAACUCUCACAUUUUAUUCAACAUCAGAACAAAUCUAACAUGAGCUGCUUUUUCAUUUUUAUUCUCUUCACUUCCAGUGUUGCCAGUCAGGCAUGGAGGCAGUUUAGUUUUAAAACUGGAGCAUCUGUCACCAUCCCGUGUCGUUAUGAUAUGACAUAUAUACAACAUAAGAAAUACUGGUGCUAUGGUGCAAUAUUCAGUUCCUGCAAAAUUCAGGCGUAUGCCAAUGAGACACAGGGGAAAGUGACAGUGACUGAUAACCCAGCUGAGAGUCUCUUUACUGUGACUAUGAAUAAUCUCCAGACAGAAAACACUGGAAUGUACUGGUGUGCUGUAGAGAUAGGUGGAAUAUUCGAUCCAGAUGUUACAGAAAAACUUUAUAUCACAGUAAAAUCAGAUCCUGAUCUGUCUGUGAUGGAGAGCAGAGUGAGUGGUGAGGAAGGAGGCAGCGUCACAGUCCAGUGUCUCAACAGCGCUGCGUAUCAGAAUACACAGAAGCAGUGGUGCAGAUUUAUAGACAAGGUGUGCCACACAUUUAGGAGGACUGCCACAUUAAAGAUGAUCAUGUACUUAGUUACGAUAGUCUCCGUGAAUACAAUCAGAGACACUCGUAACUUCAGUCGCAUUAGCCGUCGACUUUGCUAACAAGCACGUUUGGAAAAGCGAUUUACAAGAGUCAAGAGUUAGCUUAAGGAUGGGGACUGGAAAAUGCCCCUAUGUAUUCUGUAUGUAUGAAGGAAAACAUUUUAAAUGGUCAAGCUUUACUUUCUGACUUUUUCUUUUAAGUUUUAAACAGAUCUGGCUCGAAGCACAGUUCAGGUAGUAACAGAUGGACAUGUUUGAGAAAAUUAGUGCAAUUGUUCUUCUUAACACAUUUGUAACUGUUGUUAUUUCUCACCCACAGCAACAUCUGUGACCAGCGCCACAUCAGUUUCUAGCGGUGAUGACACCAUGUGAGUGCAAAUGUUCUUCUUAACACAUUUCUAACUGUUGUUAUUUCUCACCCACAGCAACAUCUGUCACUAGCGUCACAUCAGUUUCUAGCGGUCAUGA